CAUAUUUUUUCAAGAGAAACGGCGCUGGCAGACAGGCUUUAGUUCAUCCCGGUCUGUGGCUCACACUCCAGUACAGGAGGGUGCGGUAAUGCACCAUACCGUUGGACGCCAACCACCGAUGAACCCCACCGAAGAAGCGGCCAUUUUGUUAGACGUUUGACGGCUAGGGAGAUUAGCUGACGCCUUUCGUAUUGUUUUUUUUUUACCUUACCCUCACAAAUUGGAGGUGUAAUUACACUGGUUCUUAUAAUUGAUCAAGUAUAAUUUAUUUUGCGAACAGGGUCGACCUCGUUUUUAAAACCGUAAAGAAGAUAGGACAAUAUUUUGUAUCAUAUUCGUGCGAGAUCCUGCUAACCAUUCAUGUUGCAAGCGUGUGCGGUGUUUAUUAGCCAGGAACACAAGGGCCUUUUCAGCUCUCAUGGCCACCAUCUAUCGAUUUUUUUAAACAGCUGUCUGCCCCGUGAACGCACAAAUUAGCAAAACUUUUAUAUUUCACCCAAUUUGUAUUACCCAAAUUAGAUUAGACUCCUUGGAAUAUCGCUUUGCUAGCUGGUUUUGCUAGCUAAUCGACAGAACCCCGCGUGCGCCAUUAGCUGUGAACGUGAAUUAGCAAUUAGCUAGCUUGCUAACUACUUCCUAAUCUAACUUCGAGACCAUGGCAGAGUUGUACAUUCGCGUGGCAGAGGACGAAAACGAAGAGCCAAUGGAGAUCCCAUCGGAGGAUGAUGGGACUGUUUUGCUGUCAACGGUUGCAGCCCAGUUUCCCGGAGCGUGCGGCCUACGUUACAGGAACCCUGUGUCUCAGUGCAUGCGAGGCGUCCGUCUAGUUGAGGGUAUCUUGCAUGCACCUGAGAAUGACUGGGGUAGUCUGGUGUACGUCGUCAACUACCCAAAAGAUAACAAAAGGAAAAUGGAUGAAAUGGAUGCUGCCUCUGCGGUUAAAAUGAAGAGGAGUAUCGAGAAAACAUCAGACCUCAUUAUCCUUGGUUUGCCUUGGAAAACGUCUGAGCAAGAUUUGAAAGACUACUUCGCCACUUUUGGAGAAGUCAUUAUGGUGCAGGUCAAAAGAGAUGUUAAGACUGGGAACUCAAAGGGUUUUGGUUUUGUUCGGUUCACUGAGUACGAGACUCAAUCCAAAGUGAUUUCUCAGCGACACAUGAUUGACGGAAGAUGGUGUGACUGCAAACUACCCAACUCUAAGGCAGGUCCCGAUGAGCCCAUGCGCAGCCGUAAAAUCUUUGUUGGCCGCUGCACAGAGGACAUAACCACUGAUGAGCUCCGGCAGUUCUUCAUGCAGUAUGGCGAGGUCACUGAUGUCUUCAUUCCCAAACCCUUCCGGGCUUUCGCCUUUGUGACUUUCGCAGAUGACCAGGUUGCUUCAGCCCUGUGCGGAGAGGACCUGAUCAUCAAGGGUGUCAGCGUGCACAUCUCUAACGCUGAGCCUAAGCACAAUAAUAGUAGGCAAAUGAUGGAUCGUGGGGCUGGUGCAAGCCCCUCAUUGGCAAUGUUUGACCAAACUCAGUAUCAGUACCCCUCUUCCCAUGUGUAAAUGCUUUGCCAUCAAAAGACACAGCUUCACUCUGCAUAUACUGUGUUAGACUGUGGGUGUUGUCUUUAUCUCCCCUUUUUAUGGAUCAAAACAUCUUGUCUGCUUUAUCACUUGAGAACAAAGCGAUUGGUAGUGGCAAAAGAGUGAGAGACUGAGUGGGAAAAGCAGUGUGUAAAGGACUGGUUGUGCGAUGCUGAAGAGACAGAUGUCUGCGAGAGUUGAGAAGAACCUGUGGCUUUGUGCGAGUGUGUUCCAUAUGACCAUCAAAAGGACAUUCAUCGUAUCUUGAGAUCCCGACGGUCUCCUUUCUCUAUUUCUAUCAAGCUUAAUCUUGAACACAAUGGAAUGUUUAGCGCUAUGAAUAUUUGUAUCCUUUCUUGCUGUCUGAUUUGACGUGGAUGCUGUAUGGUGUGUGUGCUUCAUUUUCUUCUUGUUCCUACCCCUUUCCGUGUGAAAAUGUGACCUGCUGUUGGUGAUUGUCUGUGUUGAGAGCACUGGGGGAGCUUGGAGGAUUGUGAACUCGGUGUGUCUUAAGAGGGUGAAGUGGCAAGCGUUUGACGAGCUAUUGACAUUUUGUGUUAUAGUGUUUUUGAAUGCAUUUUAUAUGUUUUGUGAAUCAAAGGGAAUUCUCAAAUAAAACAAAAUUUGACCAGGUAUAUUGCCUACCUGACAGUAAUUUAGUUUAAACAUUUUGGACUGUCAACAUUAAUUGAACUGCGAACACUUUAAUUCGCAUGUAUAGGAACCUUGGACACUGCCGGCUCAGGUUUACAUCAAAACCCCAGAGUGAAGUCAAUUUUCAGGAAGCUGAAGACUGUAGUUUGAUGCACUGUUGGUUGGGGGCAGGCAACAAGCCAAUAGUGGAGAUGCUGCAGAAUGCCUUAUGUUUGAAAAGGGACUUCUUCGCCCCACUAACAAGACCCUUUGGACCACCCCAUUGAAAUUUAAAACAGACCAUUCUCAAUUGGGCAGAGGUAUUCGGUUUAUACCGUCAAAUUAGUCAAUCUUAAAAGCAGUGCUAAAAUGUAAUCUAUUUAACUAAUUGCCUGCAAUUAAGUGACAAUCAUGUUUUUGUUUUAUUUCAGUCUGUUUUUUGAAGACAUGGCCUGAUUUUAUAUUUAAAAAAAAAAAAUUAAAUCUGGCUUUUGAAAGAUUAAUUUGGUCAAAUUAUGCUUUGUCUCAAUACAGCCAUUGGUUAUGGUAAAUGAAAGUGCAAAGAUUUAAGUAAAGGCUUAUAUUUCAAGUAUUCUGUAGAUUUAUUUUUAAUUUGCUUUAAAAUGUAAAAUUUCAGUCUGAUUGACAGGAUAUUCCUGAAUUAGUUUAACGCCGUAAAGGGGAAUGAGUUGUUUGACUUGAGUCAAUUCUACGGGGUUUUGGAUAAUUUAUGAUUGAACUCGCCAGCGGGAAUCAUAUCACUUGUGUACUGAUAUUGACCUCUUUAUUUUUAGUUCUCUAAAAUGUAAAAUAAAGUUUAACAUUCAGAAUCA